CCCAAGAAAGGAAGGUUGGCGUGAUCAACAACUGUGGGCGCUUAGGCGAUGGCGGUAAUACGAUGGAUGAAGCGUUUGAAUGAACUGCUACUGUCUGAUCCCGCGAUCAGAGCGAUAGCUUCCAUGCUCAUUUUCUGAAUCUGCUUCGAUUCCUUUUCGUUUCUCUGAAGCUUCUCUCGGAUUCUGCCUUUUGUGUAGUAAUGAAGCACACGGCCCACUCCCUUUCCUCCACUCGUCAUCUCAAGUUCCUUCUACUCGGAUUCAUCGUGCUACUCGCCCUCCUUUGCCUCUAUUAUGGAUCCUCUUUCGCUCCCAGCUCCCGUAGAUUUGAUGGGGAGAAUUCAUUCCGCUCUGGUUCUCUUUUUGGCGGGAACCUUUUCAAUCACCGUUUCGAUGAUUUGCAUGGACAUCGAAGCCUGAUUCUCGAGGUCCCUAAAACUAUACCUGUCUGCGAUGAAAUGUAUUCUGAGUUGAUUCCUUGUUUAGAUAGGAACCUUAUUUACCAAUUGAGAUUGAAGCUCAACAUGACUUUGAUGGAGCACUAUGAGCGUCAAUGCCCUCCUACUGAACGCCGCUAUAAUUGUCUUGUUCCUCCUCCUGUUGGUUACAAGAUCCCAAUAAGAUGGCCAAAUAGUAGGGAUGAAGUGUGGAAGGCAAACAUACCACACACACACCUUGCAAAAGAAAAAUCAGACCAGAACUGGAUGGUUGUGAAUGGGGAUAAGAUCAAUUUUCCUGGAGGUGGAACUCAUUUUCACGAUGGAGCUGACAAGUAUAUCAUUGCACUUGCCAAGAUGCUUAAGUUCCCUGGUGAUAAGCUCCACAAUGGUGGAAAUUUACGGAAUGUCCUAGAUGUCGGUUGUGGGGUUGCAAGUUUUGGAGCAUAUCUUCUAUCACAUGAUGUUAUAACUAUGUCAUUGGCUCCUAACGACGGGCAUGAGAAUCAAAUACAAUUUGCACUUGAGAGGGGGAUUCCAUCAACUCUUGGUGUUUUGGGAACAAAAAGACUCCCAUAUCCAAGUAGAUCGUUUGAGUUGGCUCAUUGUUCUCGAUGUCGAAUUGAUUGGCUACAGAGAGAUGGAAUCCUGUUAUUAGAACUUGACAGGUUAUUGAGACCUGGAGGCUAUUUUGCUUACUCCUCCCCUGAAGCUUAUGCACAAGAUCCAAAAAAUAGAAGGAUUGGAACUGCUAUGCAUGAUAUCCUGAAAAGAAUGUGCUGGAAAGUUGUUGCCAAAAAGGAUCAAACUGUCAUAUGGGCAAAGCCAGUAACUAAUAGCUGUUACUUGAAAAGAGAUCCAGGGACUCUUCCACCCUUGUGUAAUUUGGAUGAUGAUCCAGAUUUGACUUGGAAUGUGCCAAUGAAAGCAUGCUUAUCCCGAUACUCUAAAAAGAUGCACAAGCAAAAAGGAAGUGGACUAGUUCCUUGGCCACAGAGACUUUUUUCAGCGCCUCCCCGAUCGGAAGAAGUUGGUGUCAGUGCAGGAGAAUUCAAAGAAGACAGUAAGGUUUGGAAACUUAGAGUGGCAGAAUAUUGGAACGAAAUGAGAUUAGUCAUACAGUGGGACUCCAUCAGAAAUGUGAUGGAUAUGAAUUCCAACCUUGGGGGGUUUGCUGCUGCACUAAUUAAUAAAGAUGUCUGGGUUAUGAAUGUUGCUCCUGUCAAUUCAUCUGCAAAGUUGAAGAUUGUUUAUGAUAGAGGCUUAUUAGGAACUGUUCAUGAUUGGUGUGAAGCAUUUUCGACAUAUCCUCGCACCUACGAUCUUCUUCACGCCUGGGCUGUAUUUUCGGAGAUUAAUGUUCGUGGAUGCAGUAUGCAUGAUCUAUUAAUUGAUAUGGAUCGAAUUCUAAGGCCAGAUGGGUUCGCCAUUAUACGAGACGUUCCUGCUGUCAUAAACUACAUACGGAAGUAUUUUACAGCCCUAAGAUGGGAUGGAUGGCUAUCAGAACUAGAACCCAGGGUUGAUGCUCUUUCCAAAGUAGAAGAAAGGGUGUUAAUUGCAAGGAAGAAGCUGUGGGGGAAUGAAGUAGCAACAAUCUGAUUUUGCUGCAUUUUCCAGUUUUAGGCGAAUUACAUAUUGUAGUCCUGAGCUCCCAGUUGUAAAGGAAGAUGGGAGAGCUUUGGAUCCACAGAUAUAUUUGCAGUGCCCAUUUUCCCAUCGACUUUCCCCAGUAAUCGUUGCUGAAGAUGAAGAUGGAAUGAUACAAGUGCCCUGAAGAUACACCCAUUUAUGUCAAUGAUAUACAAUUACAAUAGUCGUUCAAUCAUUGCGAGAGUGACCACAUUGUUAUUUUGUCGUUCAAUCAUUGCGAGAGCGACUACAUUGUUAUUUUGUCGUUUAAUCAUUGCGAUAUGAAGGGUCAAACCAUACAUUUUUAUAAUGAUAAUUGAUGUUUUAUCUGUUG